GGGAUUAGGAGAUAAGGGAAAAUGAAGCAAGUAGUAGGAAUGGUGGUUUCGAAUAAAAUGCAGAAGUCGGUUGUGGUGGCAGUGGAUAGAUUAUUUCACCACCCGGUGUUCAACAGAUAUGUUAAGCGCACUUCAAAGUUCAUGGCUCACGACGAGAACAAUCUUUGUAAUAUCGGUGACCGGGUUCGAUUGCAUUCUUCUAGGCCUUUGAGCAAGCGUAAACAUUGGGUGGUUGCUGAAAUUCUCAAGAAAGCACGCAUAUAUGUUCCUCCUUCUGCACCGGUGUCUGGGAAUGUGAGCUCCGGAGGACCUGCAUCUACAUCAUGAAUUGGUUAAAGGUAUUAAUAAGUUUAUCUCGGCUGCUAGAUUUAUGCAGUUUCUAAAUGUUGGUGUGUGGAAGUGGAGUGUGUAAUGAAGUUUAGGUGAGUGAAACCACUUUAGUCUAGUACAUAUAAUUGACAAUAUGGUAUAUGAUACUGUG